AUAAAUAGUGUGUAUUCUGAGAAAGCAAGAAAGUAACGUGUAUUUUUCAAAUUUGUUUUGUAUUCUUUUUUUUUGUUUUUCAUGGGGCAAGCCCCUCCGCUAGUUAACAAAAAUUUAUUUAUUUUUAGAAACAGUCGACUCCAGAACAGACUGAUCAAAAUUUUAUUGAACGUCUUUAUUACGUCCCAGGCCGGAUCCUUGCUCAACCAAAAGAUGUGAAAAAACAAAAGGAUGAUGAGUAUGCUGUGAAACGCUGGUUCUUAGGUAAGUCAGAGAUAUGGAACUUACCAUAAUGGUGACCAAUUUAUCUUAAAAAACUGUCCUAAAUGAAAAUUUUGAAAGGUUUUUAAACUUUGACACCGGAAAUUUUACGACCGAUUACGGUCACGUUCUACUAUUAAGCAAAGCAAAAAAUAAGUUUUGUUAACUUUCAGAUUCCUGUCGUGCAGAUGGAAUAACGUUUAUUCGUCAACAGUUUGUUAAUCAAUUGAAUCCGUACUCUCUGAACUCUACAACAACAGCAUUUAACAAUCCUGCAAAUGAGGAGUUUAUACGUUAUUCCAAUGUGCCGUUGGCUGAUCAGCCGCGUGUCAUAUUGAAGAAUGGAUAUAAAGGCAAGUAGAAUAAAUCUAUUUUCUAACAAAGAAAAAUAUGAAUUUUUAGGACAUGAUUUCAUACACGCGUCCUAUGUUCAAGGAGCUGAUUAUCCGUUGAUCUUGACACACUGUCUUCAUAAUUAUCAGAGUUGUUAUCAGUUCUGGACAAUGGUCUUUGAGACUAAAUCUAAGAUUAUCGUUCAACUUAAUGAAGAAGAAAUCAAAUAUAUUGGAAAAGAAAAAAUGGAAUAUGGAACAAUUAAAGUAAAAGGACGGAUGAAUGCUUUGACAUCAAAUACUGAAGUUAAAAAAACGUUUUGGAAUUAUCUGGAAAGAAUGGAGGUGAGAAAUUUAAAAAAAGACAUUCCAUGGAUUCCAUUUUAUAAAUAUAAAGUAUACCUGAGGAAGGGUCUUGAUAGGCAGUUUUAA